AGGAAAGCGAAAGCCGAACCAGAUAGAGAGAGAGAGAGAGAGAGGGGGGCGAAAAUGUCGUGGCAAGCGUACGUGGAUGAUCACCUGAUGUGCGACGUCGACGGCCACCACCUCGCCGCCGCCGCCAUCGUCGGCCACGACGGCAGCGUGUGGGCGCAGAGCUCCGCAUUCCCUCAGUUUAAGCCGGAAGAGAUCGCCGCCAUCCUGAAAGAUUUCGAUGAGCCUGGCUCGCUUGCUCCGACCGGGCUACACCUUGGUGGCGUGAAAUACAUGGUUAUCCAGGGAGAGCCUGGAGCUGUUAUUCGUGGAAAGAAGGGUCCUGGUGGCGUUACCGUGAAAAAGACCGGCCAAUCCUUGAUCUUUGGCAUUUACGAGGAACCUUUGACGCCGGGGCAGUGCAACAUGAUUGUCGAGAGGAUGGGAGAUUACCUGAUCGAUCAGGGCCUGUAAAUCUCUGCGCUGAAGCUUUAUACCUCUUUACAGAUUUUGACUCGACUUCGAGGCUUGCGUCUUCUUCCUUGCUCAGCUGAGACAGGGAGCAAGAGUCAAUUGGAAUAACCAUGUCAGGACUAGAACAGUCUUUCAUGUUCAAGUCGUCCAUGCAUUUUUCUUUAUCUAUAUGUAUAUCAAGUUGAUCAAUUCUUAUAAUCAUGGCCCAAGUUUGGUUUUUUCUAAA